AGCGUGAGUACUUGCAUCAGCUAAAGGAACAUGCAGGACUAGAUGUAAUGUUGACUCCCACGCACUGCAGCUAAUCUUUGAUAAGGAGAGCGAGAGAGGGAGGGAGAGCUCGUCUCCUUGUUGUGGGCUUCGGUUUCCCAUGGCGAUUUCUAGGGUUUCGAUCUCCUUCUUCGUCGUCGCCCUCUUCCUCGCGACGGCGGAUGGGGAGGAGGGCGAGGAGGCGGCGGUGGUGGAGGGAUCGGCGGUGCUCACCCUCGACGCCUCCAACUUCUCCGAGGUCGUCGCGAAGCACCCCUUCAUCGUCGUCGAGUUCUACGCUCCAUGGUGUGUGCUCUGCAAAAAACUAGACCCAGAGUAUGAGAAGGCGGCAGCAGUGCUUAGCGAACAUGAUCCACCAAUCAUUCUUGCUAAGUUUGAUGCGGAUGAUGAGAAAAAUAGAGGUCUUGCCGAUCAGUUCGGUAUCGAUGGCUUCCCCACGGUGAAGAUCCUAAGGAAUCAAGGGAAAAGCGCGCAAGAAUACAAGGGUCCUCGGAAGGCAGAAGCUAUAGUUCAAUAUCUGAAGAAACAAGCUGGUCCUGCAUCUGCUGAGAUUAAAACAGUAGAGGAUGCUGGUAAUUACAUUGAUUACAAAACAGUAACUAUUGUCGGGGUGUUCCCUGAAUAUACUGGUGAAGAGUUUGAAAACUUCAGAGCUGUGGCAGAGAAAUUACGUUCGGACUAUGUUUUUGCUCAUACCUUGGAUGCUAAGCUCCUUCCGCGUGGUGAUUCAGCAGUAAAAGGGCCGGCAGUUAGGCUGUUUAAACCAUUUGACGAACUCUUCAUGGAUUUUGAGGAUUUUUCUACGGACGCGCUGGAGAAGUUUAUUGAAGUAGCUAGUGUGCCUACCAUCACCAUUUUUAAUAAGGAUCCAAGCAACCACCCUUUUCUUAUGAAAUUCUUCAAUAGUCCUAAUUCCAAAGCAUUGCUUUUCCUACGCUUUAAUAGCUAUAAAUUUGAUGUUUACAAGUCCAAGCUUCAUGAAGUUGCUGAGCUAUACAAAGGGAAGAACAUAAGCUUCCUGAUUGGUGAUUCUGAAAAUAGUGAGAGUGCCUUUGAGUACUUUGAAGUGAAAGAUGAUCAAGCACCCCUCAUCAUCUUACUUCAAGAGGAUGAUAAUAAGAAAUAUAUUAAAACCAAUGUGGAGCCUGAUCAAAUUGCAGCUUGGUUGAAGGAUUACCAGGAUGGUAAAUUGACGCCAUUCAGAAAGUCAGAACCUAUUCCGGUUGUCAAUGACGAACCUGUAAAAGUUGUUGUAGCUGAUAGCCUCCGCGAUGUAGUCUUCAACUCUGGCAAAAAUGUUUUCCUUGAGUUUUAUGCCCCUUGGUGCGAACAUUGUAAGAAGCUAGCACCAAUCUUGGAGGAAGUAGCCAUCUCAUUCAAAAACGAAACUGACAUCGUCAUUGCAAAGAUGGAUGCUACUGCCAAUGAUGUUCCAAAGGAAUUUGACAUUCCAGGAUAUCCGACUUUGUACUUCGUAUCAGCUAGCGGAAAGCGUCUGCCCUACGACGGUGAAAGGACAGCGGAGGAGAUCAUCGACUUUGUACAGAAGAACAGGGAAACCACCAGUGAUACCACCACUAGUUCUGAGUCGAUAAAGGAUGAACUAUGACGAAGAAUAUUGCUGAUGCCCGUCAAUGCCGAGCAUAACUGGUGACUUCAUCAGAAUCGAUGAAAGCACUCACACCUUCCAAUCCAAAUUUUGAGUUAAACAGUUAGAAUAACGUAGUAUCUUGCUAGUUUUCAAAUUGUUAGGUUUUAUAGACUUCGAAGGGGCUCCGUCAAUGUUCGCUUAAGUUAGUUUCUGUCCUGACAAUUCAAUGCGAGAUUAUAUGAGUCCUUCAAUAAAACGGAAUCCCUAUCAUCUGUGACAUUCCUGAGUGACUCUGAUCAAAUAUCAAGACAAAGCUUUGUACUGUUAUACAAGCAUAAUUCUGCCAAUUGAGCA